AUGAUGACGACCUUUGAGGACACGUCGCAUCCCAUCCAAUUGCGUGGCGACGAGCUGAAUCUGGACUCGGCCGCCCAGGUCGAGCCUCUGACCGUGGUGCUCAAGGACCAGGUCACCACCGCCACCAUCUACCCCAUCCGGAACCUGCAGUCUGUGCCCCAGACGUUACAGUACUUUCUGUUUGACGAGUUCAACAUGGAGCUUGAGCGUGGCGACACUUUCCCCCAUUACCAUCCCAUCCAGUUUGACGACUUUCAAAACUUUUGGUUUGGGACCUUUUCCGCCAUCAUGCUGCUUGGCAACGAGCCGCUCAUUCGGGACGACCGGGCGUGGGAAAAGGAGUGCCUGGGCUCGUUUUUCAUCCGCCCAAACUACCCUGGCCGCAGCUGCCACAUUUGCACUGCCAACUUUCUGGUGAAUGCCGGAAUUCGAGGUCAGGGCAUCGGAAGAACUCUGGUGGAGAGCUAUAUCGAGUGGGCCCCCAAACUGGGAUACACCUACUCGGUAUUCAAUCUGGUUUACGAAACCAACGUGGCAGCACGCAAGAUUUUCGAUGCGUUGAGUUUCAAAAAGGUGGGAAGAAUCAAGGGCGCAGGACACCUGAAGGAUAAUGAGAACGGGCCUGUUGAUGCUUUGAUUUACGGAAAGGAGCUGAUUGAGGAGACUGACGAGUCCAUCGGAGAACUUCGGUUCGAUAAGAUCAAGUACUACCUCGAAACAGGCAAGUAUCCUCCUCAGUCAGACCGACAAGAAAAGUCUCGACUGCGAUCUUCGGCAGCUCACUACCGUCUGAGAGACGGCAAGCUGAUGCUCAAGGACCGGGAGGUGGUUUCGGACCCUGAACGACAGAUCCAGAUCGCCACAGAGGUCCACAAACAGAGCCAUGCUGGUAUCAACAAGAGUACGUCGAUCAUCACAGAGUCGUACCACUGGACCCGAAUCAAGGAGACUGUUGCGGCUGCUAUUCGAAAUUGUGUCGAAUGCAGAGAAGUGGCACGACCUCCUAUCAAGCGAAUCAAAAAGGACGACUUUGAGGACCUGUCUGCUCUCCAGGUGCAUCAGCAUGUGCCCAGCUCCUCGGAGCAGCAGACGCAACAGACCCAGCAGACCCAGAGCCAAUCACAGCACCAGAGCCAGCAGUCGAGAAACACCGGAAUGAUGAACCUCGGCUCGCACAUGCCUCUUGGAUACAAUAUGAACCAGAUUGGCCGCCUUCAGGCGGAUCUGGGUCUUGACACGGAAGAUGGACAGCAGCUGAUGGCUUCGGUGGCUGCUCAGAACCGUGAGAACGAGAACGCUGCUAACAUAGCCUCCAACAACCAGCAGAUGAGCCAGUUUGACGUGGACCUGGCGUCCUACAACCAGGACGAGCAGCUCACUCGACACGACAAUAUCCCAGUUGAUCCGCAGGUUGAGAACGCCUUUGAGGAACAUGUUCACGGAGGCGAGGAGAUUGCUAUUGCCCGGGCGCUGAUCCAGGCCAACGAGAGCAGUGAGGGUAAGGAUGACCCCAGUGACUUUUUCUCUCAGUAG